AUGUUGUUUGUCUCCCACAAACUUGGAAUAAAACGCAAACUCCCGAUACUCCUUCUUACACUGACUCUACUGUCAAUCCUAUCGCUCACAACUGCGCAACAAGCUCUAAUUUCCUCCUUGACCUCGACAGCUACCCCCCCUAAACUCAAAGUUGAGGUAAAUACCCAAGCUGUAUCUCAAACUCACUUACCCAAGGUCGAACGUCAAUUCACUCAGGAUCAGCACACCUACAGGUCUAUCCAACAACCUUCACCAACAUACUUCUUAACUAACCCUGCACAUCCUGUUCCAACUGAAACGACUACUCAAAUCUUGUACUUAACUAUACCUCCUGCGCCUCCCGGACCCUCUCCAUUCCUACAUCCCUUAGCUAUCAUUCUCAUCCUCUGCUCGAUCUUAGGGUUCAUCUCUACACUUAUCUACCUACCAUUCGCCACAUUCGCCAUGUCGUCUUCUUCAUCAUCUGCUAAACCCUCUUCCUCUUCCUCUAAACCAUCUUCCUCAUCUUCGUCUUCUUCAUCACGUCCAUCAUCUUCAUCGUCCGGAUCGGGAAGUUCGUCCUCGUCCUCUUCGUCAUCUAAACCUUCUUCUGCUCCUCAGCCCCUUCCCACCAUCUCAGCAAACGCAUGGAUGUCUUUUUUCCUAUUUUGCUGCUUGGUCCUGAUCAUCCUCCAGGGUCCAUUGGGCUUGACUGGAGGGAACAUCCUCCCUUCUUUCUCUACCCUUCCUUCAUUUGGAUAUGGGUAUGGGUACGGGGUCAUGCCGGGUUGUGCAGGGAUGGUAAGUACCUAUGUACCUUGGUGUCAACAACAACCUGUGCCACAGACAGUUCAACAACCGUCUCAGAUCCAAGUACAGCAGGUGGUACAGAACACUCCUGGUAGUUAUGGGGUUGGUCCCGCCCCGAUGGCUGCUCCACAGUAUCAAAUGGGUGGACAAGGUGGGUUUGCAUCGCCCAAUGGCGGUGGAGGAUGGAGCUGGUAUAGUAAUGCUGGAUCGGUGGGCGGUCAAGUAGUGAGACAACAGCCAGGCUACUACCCUGCCCAGCAACGUACUGUCCAAUACCAACGUCCAGGCCUCCAAAUCCAAAUUGACAAUGCUCGAGGUGGUAAUGCAGCUGUGCCACAACAUGUUGCUCCUCAAUAUUACUAUAACACUUGUCCGACUUAUCAAUAUCAAAACCCAUAUCAAUACCGAUUACCUUAUGGAUACACCACAACUACGACCAAUCGAUGUACACCUUGGCAACCUUGGAAAUGCCAUUACCUACCCCCCAUAUUCGCUUAUGCCCAUUCAUUGCCUGCACCUUCAAUUCCCAACGGUAAUGGAAUGGACAUUCAUAUAGGUGGCGGUGCUAACGUGAAUAUCCAAAGUCAACAUGUCGGAUCUGGUGCAGUGAUACAGCCUCGACCUGUACAGUCUAUACCUGCUUUGCCCGUUACCCCCCCACCUCAACCUGUUCUCCCGCCUCCCUCAGCAAUGGCUAGCAUAUCCAACCUCGAAAAUGCCUUUUAUCCUUUAUUAGUUGGAGCCAUAGCGUUAUUGGUAGUAUUCGAUUAUGCCUCGUAA